ACCCCCUAGGUCUUGCCCCCGCGGCGUGAGGGGCGGGGUUGCGACUGCGCGCUCGCGCGCCCUGCGGCUUCCGCGCCCGCCGUUGGCCGUUAGCGCGGCUUGGGUGGUUGUCUUGGAGAACCAAGAUGGCGGCGGCGACGGCGACGGCCACGGCGACGGCCACGGCCUCGGCGGUGGUGGCCGAGGAGGACACGGAGCUGCGGGACCUGCUGGUGCAGACGCUGGAGAACAGCGGCGUCCUGAACCGUAUCAAGGCUGAACUCAGAGCGGCCGUGUUUUUAGCGCUCGAAGAACAAGAGAAGGUGGAGAACAAAACUCCUUUGGUCAAUGAGAGCUUGAGAAAGUUUCUAAAUACAAAAGAUGGUCGUUUAGUGGCUAGUCUCGUGGCAGAAUUUCUUCAGUUUUUUAACCUUGAUUUCACCUUGGCUGUUUUCCAUCCUGAAACUAGCACAUUUCAAGGUCUUGAAGGUCGGGAGAACUUAGCCCGAGAUUUAGGUAUCAUUGAAGCAGAAGGUACUGUGGGUGGACCCUUAUUAUUAGAAGUGAUUAGACGCUGUCAACAGAAAGAAAAAGGACCCACCAGUGGUGAAGGUGCUUUGGAUCUAUCAGAUGGGCAUCCUCCAUCAAAGUCCCCUGAAGGAAAAGCAAGUGGGAACUCCACCCCAAGUAAGAUACCAAGGUAUAAAGGACAAGGUAAGAAGAAGACAAGCGGGCGGAAGUCUGGUGACCAGAAGACCAGCAGUGAGACCAGUCAGAGCGAGCCCAGUAUCUCCUUGUCAGAGCCAAAGAGCAAGAGCAGCCUGCACUCCCUGGCCCAUGAGACAAGAAUUGCAUCCUUCUUGAGCAGCAGCACAUUAGAUGCCAAAGACAAAAGUGCUCUCUGUCCAGACGAAGAUGAUGCAGAAGGAGAUUCUUUCUUUGAUGAUCCCAUUCCUAAGCCAGAAAAAACUUACGGUUGGAGAAGUGAGCCUAGGAAGCAAGUGGGAAGUCUGGCCUCAGCCUCUGACAGACCCCCCUUAAGGAGUGGCCUCAGCUCCCUGGCAGGAGCCCCUUCCUUAACAGAUGCUGAGAGUAAAAGAGGAAGCACAGUCCUGAAGGAUCUGAAAUUGGUCGGUGAAAAAAUUGGAUCACUUGGACUAGGAACUGGAGAAGAUGAAGACUAUGUUGAUGAUUUUAAUAGUGCUAGCCAUCGCUCAGAAAAAAGUGAGUUAAGUAUUGGUGAAGAAAUUGAAGAAGACCUUUCCGUGGGAGUAGAUGAUGUCAACACCAGUGAUAAACUCGAUGACCUCACACAAGACCUGACUGUUUCCCAGCUCAGCGAUGUUGCCGAUUAUCUGGAAGAUGUUGCAUAGACAGGAAAAGGAAGUAUUCUAAUCAACAGAAGAGAAAGGACUUGUCGGCUCCAUGGUCCCAGUCAGUCACUCUUGCUGGAAUGUAUGCUCCUGCUGGUGCCUUGCAUUUCAAAAAGACAGCAGAUAUUUUUUAAAGUUAACUUUUCAGUUUAGUAAACAAAAUACUUCCUAUAUGAGCCCAUGUCUAGGAGGUUAAUAUUCUUAAUUUGGUUUGCUGUAUAUUGCCAAGGAAAUUGUCUGAAUUCCAGCUCAUUAUAGCAAGGGAACUCCUGAAAUGUCAGCGUUAAAGAGCAUAACAAGGGAUCAGUACAGCCAUAGUGUGUGUCACUGUAUGUCUCUGGUUGCUGCAGAGUCCUGGGAAACAAACCUUAGCGUUAGCCACCGAAGGCUUGCUCACUUGGUGUCUGUUAGGUGGGCUAGCCCAGAGUUGGUGAGCUGACCUGAUAUAUCUGUGAUGCUAAAGUGUAUCAGUACAAGUUAAAUUGGAUGUCUGAACUUUAUUUUGUAUUUCCUUCCAUUUGGAAGGUUUGUUAGACCAUUAAGGUUAUAUUAAAGUACUCUGUGCUAUUAGUUUUGCUUGUUUUAAACUAGAAGUGGUCAGGACUCUUCAUUCAUAGACUUGUCAAUAACAGUUAAUGUUUAAGGUCACAUUUUAUUCUGCUGUCUGUCAGCAGCUGUAGACACAGAUUACUUCAUUACAGUCUUAAUUUAUUAUUUCUAAAGAUGCCUUGAAACAUUCAAUACCAAAAUGCAUCUGAAACCAUUAAGCAGUGCUUUUAUUUCAGAUCUGUAAGUUGAUUAUAUUUAAAUCCAAAUUGGAAUGAAAUAGUAGUAAUGGCCUAAGACCAUGUAUAUUCAGUUUGACAAACUUUGCAUACUGUACAUAAUUGCAUUGUAGUCCUUUAAAAAUAGAGCCAAUCAUAGGGUUUCUCGCAGGUUUAAUCUGUGCUGCUGUGUGUUUAUACUGCAGGGAUAUAGGCCAUUGGCAUUUGUAAUGCUAAAAUCGCUUAAAUGUGCAACUAGGAAACUCAGCCCUACGCAUGCGCAGUCACACCACUAAGUAAAAUUCAGGAGGUGUGACACUUUGCUUCCUUUUAUUUCCAUUAUGACUGUCAAAAGUUACCUUUAUGAAUAAAAAGAGAAAUUAGAAAUCAUCCACCAUGUUGAGUGAGUGAGCAGAAGCUGUGGUUUGUGUCACUGCCACUUUCCAUUCCACAACUGCUAACAGAACAAUGACAUGAGGCUGUAAGUGCAGAGGAAAUGAAGUGUAGAGAAGAUUCAGGCCCCAACAGCAGAGCCUGGCUUUUGAAAACUUAAGUGAAACUGAACUGCAGACAUGAAGAGGAAGUAGGACAGAGAGGGGCUGGGCGGCCUGGAAGCCCCUGUGUAUUUCUGUCCUCAGUCUGCCCUGACAUGGCGCUGUCUGUUUUCCCCGCUUCCCUCUCAGAAGAAGACGACACCGUCUGCCGGUUAGAAACUCCACUACCCUGUGCCCUCUCUUCAGUCCUGGAAAGCUCUGUAGCUGGUGGGCCUCUGGAGUCUGGAUCACAAGUGUGCUUUUAACAUUGGGUGGGCGACUCCAAGAGAGUGAACUUACCUGAGCGUGGCAGGAUGUGGCUUUUUGUAUUUGAGGAAGACUUUCCAACAGCCAAGUGUGAAAUCUGUCACUUUCUAUCACCCAGUGCUGGCCUUUUGGUAAUUCUUGAGAGGGUGGAGAGAGAAGGCCAGAGUGCAGCUUUGCAGUCAGCACUACAUAAAGGUGUUGAAUGAUCCUGAAUAAUGUGAAAUUUAACAAGGAGGCAGUGGUUUCAAAUUGUCCCUUGCUUAGGUAUUGUUAACCUGUUAAACUUUAACCUGUGAAAUGACAGGUUCUGCGUAUAGUAAGGUUCCUUUUGUUUAAAAUGAAUUAAAAUGUUGGCCAGUGGUAACCCGUA